AUGAGGUUGCAAGAACUUCAAGAUGCUAUAAACAAACUUCCAUUGAGACAUCCAAUUGACGUCAAAUUGUAUUGGAGAGCAUCUGAGUUAGGUCAGAAGGUUUUAUAUGAAACAGGUUGCUUCGACGAUGUUUAUGAGAUAACAGGAGAAGUUUCUCAGAAGAUAAGAGACUCACUUGAAUUUCCACAAACUGGACCAAUUGGUUGCGACAAGUUCGACUCAGAUGAAAAGAUAUACUAUGUCGACCUUAACGCUGCAUACAUGAGGUUUGUCCAAUAUAUUCCGACUGGAAUUCCAAACGAAGAUGGUGAGUUCCCGGGAAGGAACUAUACAGUUGGAAAAGUCAUACAACAACUGUAUGAUAUUAGGAAAGCUUCAAACCCCAAACUUGCAAUGACACUCAAAUUGCUUAUGAAUUCGACAUGGGGAUAUUCCAUUAAGAAACCUCAAGAGAUGAAGAGUAAACAUUAUGAGAAGGUCGACAACUUUGUUGAAAGGUUUUCUCCUUUUGUUUUGAAGUACGAAUUCACUCAAGGUCAAAGUGGCUUAGUAACCACAUUAAAACCUAUUGUCGAACAUUGGUCUUACCCUCAGUUCGCAAAGGCAGUCCUUGACAACUACAACAAAUUCUUCUCCGAAGUCAAAUCCAAAGUGAAGGUUUACUAUGAGAACAUUGACGCACUCAUGACGAACGAAGAAGGAUACAACAAACUCAUUGAAAUGGGAAUGGUCGGUGAAAAGAUGGGCUGUUUUAAGCUAGAUAAG